AUGGCGACCAUGGCUCGCAUCCUGCUCGGCGCUUUAGUGGCGAUGCUGCUCGUCGUCUGCCCGUGCCAUGCAAGGCCGGCGCCGGAACAGACGGCGAAGUCGUCGACAGUGGAAGAGAAGGCGGUGGUGGACGGCAUCACUGCCAUAUACAACUUCGGCGACUCCCUGUCAGACACCGGGAACCUGCUCCGCGAAGGCGACACCGGCAUGCUGCAGCACACCACGGGCCUUCCCUACGGGUCCGCCAUCGGCGGUGCCACCGGGCGAUGCUCCGACGGGUACCUCAUGAUAGACUAUCUCGCAAAGGAUCUCGGCUUGCCUCUGCUAAACCCGUACCUCGAAGAGGGCGCCGACUUCUCGCACGGCGUCAACUUCGCCGUGGCCGGUGCCACGGCCCUCGACGCGGCGGCGCUCGCCAGGAGAGGGGUCGCCGUCCCUCACACCAACAGCUCACUGGGCGUCCAGCUGCAGCGGUUCAAGGACUUCAUGAGCGCCAACACCCGGUCCCCGCAGGAGAUCGGCGAGAAGCUGGCUAGUUCUCUGGUCAUGGUGGGGGAGAUCGGCGGCAACGACUACAACUACGCCUUCUCGGCGAACAAGCCGGCGGCCGGCGACGCGCGCAACAUCUACAACUUGGGCCGCAUGGCGACCGGCGUGGCCGAGGCGAUGGCGCUCGUCCCGGACGUAGUGCGGUCCGUCACGAGCGCGGCAAGGGAGCUCCUCGACAUGGGCGCGACGCGGGUAGUGAUUCCGGGCAACUUCCCGCUCGGGUGCGUGCCGAGCUACAUGGCGGCGGUGAACGAGACGGAGCCGGCAGCCUACGACGUCAACGGCUGCCUGGCGGCGCUGAACCUGUUCGCCCAGAUGCACAACGUGCUGCUGCAGCAGGGCAUCCGAGAGCUGCGCCGAUCCUACACGUCCGCGACCAUCUCCUACGCCGACUACUUCUACGCGUACGUGCGGAUGCGGAUGCCGGCAAGACGGGGUUGGACGAGGGGGCGCGGACCAAGGCGUGCUGCGGUGCUGGCGGCGGCGCCUACAACUUCGACAUGGACCGGAUGUGCGGCGCGCCAGGCGCGUCGGGAAUAUUCCGCGUCGGUGUGCGCGAGGCCCGACGAGCGCAUUAGCUGGGACGGCGUGCACCUGACGCAGCAUGCCAACAGCGUCAUGACCAACCUGCUCUACCACAAGGCCUUCGCGUCACCAGCGCCGGUGGAGUUCCCGCGUACUUGA